UCAAAUCUUCCAAUUGCUGCUACGAACAGUUAUGUACGAUACUCAACAGCAAUUUGUGAUUUUAUCUAGUGUCGCAUUGUAAUGUUUUAGUAUGUUCCAAAUUCACACCAAUUUUAAUUACUUCGCAAUAACUAACCGUCUUAAGGUGCUCUUCGAACAAACUACAUCUAUACACCACGUGUUUUAAGAAUGCUGCAAUAAUGAAUCCGUUCAAUACUGACAGUUGUUGAUCCAUGUGAUGUGAAUAUGAAUUAUUAAAAAUAGAAUAUUGCCGAUAGCUGCGAAUAAUAUUUCAAAACUCGACUCAAAGUGGCCGCAUCCGGAAGCGUCGCUAUUAGUAGUGAUAUCUGAGGAAUUUGGCGAAGGAGACUGCUCUCUAAUCUGGAAAGAUGUAGUAAUUCUCGCGGGACCGGGAGCAUUCAAUGAUCUUUGCAUGGCUUAUACAGUACUCGGUAGAGGCCUUUUAGCACUACUGGAAAACAAUUUGUCAAAUAAACAAUGGAUGUAAUUUCCGAGGGAAAAAGCUUUGUUCUGGUAAAAGAUGCGGAUUUGCAUAAUGUUCUCAAAGUUCUGGAAAAAUAUUUCCCUCACUCGGUUAAAUUUCAUCAAACCAUUAAGACGUAUCUGACCGAUAGAAUCUGGCAAUUCCACUUUUAUGUGUGCAAAACAUGGCCAACGGAUCCUGUUUGUUUACAUUUCCCUGGAUGCACUUUGACCCCUUACAACAAGACAUACGAAAGUGUUGGAAUAUUUUGUCCUCCAGAUCAACUGGAUAAAAUGUGCCUAAUAGAGCAAGAGGAUGUGCUUUUUAACUGGACCGAGCCUAUCUAUAUGAACUUCACUCACGUCGGCAUAAUGAAUAAAAUGGACUCCAUUUUCCGCACAAAAGUUAAUGGUCAGCUUGUAGGUCACAUUUAUGGUGAUAUCUAUGUGCAUGAGUAUUCUUCUGACUUAGAAAUAGAAUUGGAACCGCUCCCAGCAAAUGAAGCUGUUAUCCAACCUCUAAGAAUGGGAAAUAUAAAGGAUAUACAUGAUUUAUAUCCUGCCAGUGAUAUCGAGAGUGUCGAAUUGUUUGAAAAAUUAGUUCAUCAACUACCAGGCUAUGGUGUUUUUAGUAAAACCAAUAAUGAAUUAGCUGCUUGGAGCCUCCAAUCUUACUACGGUGGCAUGUUUUCAAUGCAGACAAAACCCGAAUUCAGGCGAAAAGGGUACGGCAUUCAACUUGCUCAAGCCCUUACAAAACUAGUCAUUCAACGAGGUUAUGUACCUUUCGUGGUAAUCAGACCAGAAAACACGGCAUCGCGAAGUCUUUAUACUAAGCUAGGCUUUAGGAAAGCAUUCGAGAGUGUCAGAGGUGUUUUUAAACCAAAUACAUUUAAUGUUGAAGAUGACAAAGAAAACGAAGAGAACCUGAAAUAUGGUUCUAAUUGUGACAGGGAUAAAAAAUAUUGUUAGGCUGAGAUAAUUGCUUCAUCCAUCUAUCUUCUGCACACGUAAUCUUUUAUAGCUAGCGUAUUCCGGAUGCAAUCAAUAAAUCCUUUGCUUUACACUCGAGACAAUUGAAUGAACAAA